AUGCAAUAUGGUUGCGGUAUUCGAUUAUCCUCUAUUUAUCACUCAUUUAAAGUGCCUGAUGGUAGGUCUUCAAUAUGGCGACCUUAUUUUUAUUCACUUGUAUACACUUUAUUAAGUGGUUUAGUUGUCUCUUACUUGAAAAAAUAUUUUCGAUGGUGUGAAUUUAAUGCUGUUGUACCGACAGUAGCUUAUUUCACAAAUGAAAGUUGGAAAAAGCUGAGUACUGAUUUUAUCACUGAUUUAACUAAAAAUAAUAUAAUUCAAAAUAAAAUCAAUAAUAAUUCAAUGUCAUUAAUUUAUCCAAAUGAAACUAUUAAUAAAACAUAUAUAUUAGCACAUAGUAUUGGACGUUUAUCUAUGAAACCUUUUGGAAAAGGUUUUCGUUUAGUUAUCAAUGCUAAUUAUCAUUUAUUAUCAUUAAAAAAUUUAAUCAAUCAAACAGAAUUAAAUUCAAAUAUUCAAUAUUCAAUUCAAUCUUGUUUAAGUCUUAAUCAACGUUUAAAAUUAAAUAAUGGUUUAUUUGAAUUUUUUAGAAAAUUAAAAGUUGAAUUACCAGGUAUUUAUGCACCAUCUUUAUUAUCGACAAAAUCUGCAUUUAACACUUUAUUAUCAUUUCGUUCACUUGUUUAUUCAAUAGGAUUUCGUCGAUUUUGGAUUGCAAAAUUAGAUAUUUUGGAUUUUUUUAAUCAAAUUAUUCAUUCUAAAUUAUUAGAAGUUUUUUCUAAUACUUUAAAUGAAGUCAGCAAUUAUAUGUAUCCUACACCAAAUAUACAUUUCCUUGUUCGUGAAUUGGAAUGGUUUUUAAAAGAAUCCAUUAUUUCUAUUGAUGGAAAAUUAUAUUCGUUCAUCAAAGGUAUUCCUCAAGGAUCGUGUAUUAGUUCAGAUUUGGCUAAUAUAUAUUUAGCUCAUUUGGAUCGUGAAUUACAUAGAACACAAACUAUUCUUUGGUCUCCUCAUAAAUUCCUACAAAAUGAUGUAUUCAAAACAACAGAUAUUCAUUUGAAUAAAUGUUCAACUAUUCUACGUUAUUUAGACGAUUAUCUGUGUAUAUCAACAUCUAAAAUUGAAUUGCAAAAUUUAAUAAAGAAAAUAAACACUUCACUUAACUGUUAUGGAUUAUUAUUAAAUGAACAAAAAUUGCAAACUAAUUUAUAUGAUUCAAAUGUCCCUAUAAAGUGGCUUGGGAUUGAAGUACAUUCUAGUUUAGCAAUAACUUUACCUAAAAAUAAUAGUCCACCAAGAUUUUGUCGAUUUUCUGGUCAAUCGUUAUCAGCCAAUGAUUGCAUGAGACGAUUAUGUAAAUUUCGUCUUCAUUGUCCAACUUGGCGUUUCACUUUCCACAAGAUAAUCUAUAAUACUAACAUUAGGCAAAAUGUAUUUAUUUGUAAAAAUGCAAAUAUCGGAAAAACAGAUUAUUUGUUACAGAUCAACGCUCAUCGAUUAGGCAACAGAAUAGCUGAUAUUGUAUGGAUAUCUUUAAAAACUUCACCGGAAAAAUAUAGAUUACUUCAACCUUCUAUAUCUCGAAGACUAGCAAAGGUAAUAUUUAGAUGUAUAUCUGUAAAUAUUGGCUUUAAUCGUUAUUGGUUAUAUCAUUUAACUGUGAAUAGUUUUAUUAAACGUUUACUUCCACAUAAAGGUGAAUUAAAAUGGUUAAUUAUUUGGAUGCAACAAUUUAAUCAUUUAAAUUUUAAAAAAUGAUUUUUUUAAAUUUAUAAUAAAAAAGAAAAUAAUUACUAGGUAAUUAUUUAUUGUAAACAAAAUAAAUUUUCUGAUUUUAUUUUAUAAUAAGGAUAAUUGUUUUUUUAUUUUUGAAGACAUUCAAUCAAACAGAUAGUUGUUGUCAAUUAUUACACAACAUUAUGAUAUUGUAUAGUGUAUAUAUUUUUUCUUGCAUACGCAUUAUAUUUCUCUGUUUGUUUUGUCUAUUUUUUUACACUGAAAUAACUUUCUAAAUAUUAUUAAUCGAAUCAAAAGUUGAUUGAUGUUAUUUUAAUAUAUAUAUUGAGUAAUAUACAGGAUACCAAUCCUAAUAGUGUUUUCAGUUUAAAUAAUAAUGGUUUAGAGUAGUUGGAUUGGGAUCAUGAACCGAUUGAUGUUUGAUCACCAUUGAAAACCUGGAAGCACUAGACGGCCGUUUCGUCCUAUUUUGGGACUCCACUUACGGGAUUCGAACCCAGGGCCUUCAGUCUCGUGCGCGAAUGCUUAACCUACUGGACCAGUGAGCUGGUAUCCAACGGUGUUAAUGUCUAAUCUCAACUAAUCCACGAAAUUACGCGACCAUCUUCAAUUGUACUGAGGUAGAUACCUGUCUCUACCCGACACAGAUUAUCUUCAUGAUCUCAAUCAAAAACUUAAUAAUCUCCACAACCCCUAUACUGAUAGUUAGAGAAUUUAGUUCUUGAUCAGUCUUGAUUGGCAUAUAUUCAUCUUGAGGGACUGCUUUGGUAUAGCCAUUAUAACACAAGUUUAGAUGGAAUAGUUGGAAUGCGGUGACAUUAAAGUGAUCAGCACAAGAUGUACAUAUUACUAACCAAGAUUGGUUGAAUUUCAGUCGAAAUAUCAACAACGGCUUAUUCCAAACCAUUAAAAAAAACUAAAUUCGAAUUCAUUCUCAAUGUACAAAGGAGUGACUGUCGGGACUUAAGAACUAAAUUGGUAACUCAUUGCCGUCUUAAAGAACGGUAUUGGGUUUAAGUCCCACAGUGAACAUUAACUCUGUAUUGCAGUUGUAUCCAGCUGAUGAGUCUUAGUCAAAUCACCCUGCAGUUAGGUCACUCAAUAUAGAACAGGUCAUCAAUCCCUGUCAAGGACAACCAACACGUAUAUCAUGAACUGACGCACACAAUCGUGGUCUCGUUAUCUUCUCCGUACUCAUUCUUACUAAUAUAUUUCCUUAAUAACGUCCUUUGUGUUAUACGGUCUUCAAAGCAGCCAUAAUACUUUGGUACAUCAAAGGAGUAAUCCAAGUUAGAUUUUGACCGCAAAGUGUAACUUCGAAAAUAGCUUUUGGUCACACCAUUAUCGUCUAACUCGAGUAUUCUUCCAAUCAUUCGACAUAGGUCAUCUACGUUGGCGAUUCACAGUAUAGUACACAAAAUGCAUAUUACUAUAUUUAUCUUUGAAAUUUCGAUAACUAUACAUCUUCAGUUUUUCCCGCAACACGAUUGUGAAGAAUUCAUUUGUAUGUGCCGGUAAGAAUAUAUGAGAGAAUUCUCCCGUGUGUCCUUUACAUUUAGCUAUUUGCUUGUUGUUUUUUUAUAUACAUCGUUUCCAUACUUGGUCUGUCUGCGAUUAUUAUUACGAUAUUCUUUACAACAUCUGAAUUGUAAGUCACUCCUUAUUGAUGUUAGCUCUUUUAACAACCGCUUUAUCCUUAUUUUAUUUGACAGUGAUUUAAGGCUGUUGCCGUGACGUAUUGCAGUACUUCUGUAGUUGUCUUGAGAACUGAUCGUUCCUGUUAAAAAGUAGGCAUGUUCUCCGCUUCCCUCGUGGACGUUCGAAUACAGAAAUCGAUUAAUAAUUAAGUUUCUUGAGUAAUUAUUUUAUAGCUGGUUGCUCAUCUUUGAAGUAAAUUGGAAUUAUCUAUUAUUUUCUUUGGUUGAAAUUUCGCUCCUCUGCUGAUGAGCUUUUUUUUAUUGUAAUUAUUAGAUUUUACUGAGUGUCCUGCAUUUGCUGAUAAGGCCUUCUUCAAGCACUACUAGUUUUACUUGAGUUUACAUUUUUUAUAACAAAAUCACUAGUGUACGUCUUUGAAUAAGCAUAUUUGAUUUAUUUAAACUCAGAAACAAUCAACUGUGUAGACAAACAGGAAGUACUCCAACUCUAGAUUUGAAAGGCUGUUUGAAGAAGCUCUGUAUUCUUUCUCUAGUUGUUAACCCAAUGAUUGGGUCUGUUAAGUUUGAUUCGUGAAUGAAUCCCCAAAAUAAACAGACUUGUAUGCCUCAAAGUUGUAUUUGCCGACAUGGAAAAAUAUCACUGACAUAGUGUUCCAAAUAUAAAAAUUACAAGAAACAUUAAACAGGAUGUUAUCGUGCACAAAUGAAAUAUCAGAAAUCAUUUUCACAGUUUGCUACUAUGAAGCUGACUGGAAUGUCUAGAAUGAACACAGCCAUCCACCAUACUUCACUGAAGUGAUCAUGAAACUUCACUACUUCGUCGACACUGGCGUAGAAGUUGGCGUUCUUCCGGAAAAUCUAAAAUGCCGCUGCACGAAAUCAUUUUCCACUUACAUACGGCAAAUGAGAUACCGAUUGCUGCGUAUGACAAAAGAUAUAUGUAUCUUAACGUGGAUUUACGCAAACCUAUUUGCAAGAUUUGUGUUGUUGCAGAUGUUUCAAUGCCACUUAUUGGUGUAAACCUGCUACAACACGAUGAUCUAAUUGUCGACAAGCGAACGAAGAUUAUU